AUGCUACCAAGUAAGAGGGGUGCUGAUGAUCUUACAAGAUUCUCAGCUGAUAAUAAAAGACCUUGCAGUGGAGAAGAGGCAACUGACUUGUCGAUUUCAGAUUUGUGGAAUGAGCUGAGUGAGGAAGUUGUAUCAAAGUUGUCUAGAAGUGUUGUCUCAAUUGCUUUGUCCAAUGGACAACGUGUGCUGUAUGCAUCCUCUGGCAUAGUUAUAGAACGCCAGUGUAACUGCACAAAGUUUGUGACUUCAGCAAGUUUGGUUAGAGCUUUACAUGAUUCUGAAACAAAUGGCCAUUAUAAGCUUGAGAUUGAAGUACGCCAUGAAGGAAAUGUUGCCAUAGGGUUUCUGGAAGAAUAUGAUUUGGAUCAUGAAAUUGCUGUUGUCAAAGUCAUGCCUGUCCUUGAUGUUUAUUGCGUGCCUCUCAAUCAUCAGGUGCAAUUUGACCCCCAUGGUAGAAAGGUAGUGGCAGUAGGUUGUGACAUCUCUGGCAGCUUAUUGGUCGCAACUGGGACAUGCACUGAUUCACGUGGAUCUCAAUAUAGUCGAUAUGUUAUGUUCUCUACAUGUAAAUUAUCUAAGACUAUGCAGGGUGGCGCACUUUUUGAUUUUCAUGGGGACUUUUUUGGCAUGAACCUCUUCUGGGAUAUGGAAAGACCAAUUUUCUUGCCAAGGAGCAUAAUUCUCGAACGUCUGGGGCAUUUUCAUACAUCAUUGAAAAAGAGUGUAUUUCUAAACCUGGUGAAGCCAGUCAGGGAUCAAAGAAAACGAAGACGCAUAGGUGUGAAACUUUUCCCCCAUCCUGGAGGUAGCAUUAAGAUUUUUGGUGACAUAUAUCCUAAUGGUGUCUGGGAUGAACUCAAGGAAGGAGUUGCUCGUCACAUAUGUGGAAACCUUGUUGCACUUGCUUCGUUCAAUGGCGAAUCAAAAUUAUUUGCAUGCACGGGAUUUUUCAUUGACUACUAUGUUGAUAAAUGCCCAGCUAUUCUGACAUCAGCAAGCUUGGUUAGGAAUUGUGAUGGCACAAUUAUUGAGGGCUUAACGAUUGAGGUGUUGCUUCCAAACAAUGAAUGCUGUGAAGGGAAAUUGGAACAUUGUAGUUUACAUUACAAUGUUGCUCUACUCACCGUCAAGAAUUAUAAUGUUGAUUGUCCUGUGAAUCUGAAACAUCAGACGGUGGAUUAUUCUAAGGUAGUAGCUGUUGGCCGUUGCUUGGAACCAGAUUUAGUUAUGGCUGCAGGUGGGGAAUGUACCAGGUGGUCAGGCAAACUAGAUUGCAAUGAUCUUCGUUACACUACAUGUACAAUCACUAAGGCUGGGAUUGGAGGGCCCCUUGUUGAUGUCAACGGCAGUUUCUUGGGUAUGAACUACUAUGAUAGGAACAUGGGAACUCCGUACCUGCGGUUUGAUCUUCUCUGCGGAAUUCUGAACUAUUUUAAGACAGGACUAACAAAAUAUGAGAUGAUAGAACGUCAUUCAUUAUCACCUUUUCUGGUGGCCCAUAUUGUUGAAGAUGGCAAGAAACAACCACCAAACAGGUGGAUGGGGGCUGGACAAAGUGAAGAUAUGGAUACCCUUAUGGAUCAAGAUGAAGAUGCAGCUAACAAAGAACGUGCAGCCAUAGCCAAGCCCAAUAGAUAUUGGUACCGGUCGGUGUGGAUUUCGUCAGAGAUGAAGGCACUGAACGACGAGUGCGAGCACUUUGUGAUCUUCCCUCCGGGGCAUCUCUACUCCAGCAAAACUGGAGGAUUCAGCAGAUGGUACAACCCACCAUGGUACAACGAGGCCAUCAUCCCCUCUGUUCCCUAUGAUCCACUGGUGCUCAGGCAGGCGUUUGAAAAGGCUGUGCUGAAGCGGCUGAUGACAGACGUCCCCUUCGGCGUCCUGCUCUCCGGCGGACUGGACUCGUCACUGGUGGCGGCCGUCGCCGUGCGUCACCUGGCCGGGACAGAGGCCGCCAAGCGCUGGGGCACCAAGCUCCACUCCUGCGUCGGCCUCGAGGGAUCCCCUGACCUGAAGGCGGCCAGGGAGGUGGCGGAGUACCUGGGCACCCUGCACCACGAGUUCCACUUCACUGUUCAGGACGGCAUUGAUGCAAUUGAAGACGUGAUCUACCACACGGAGACGUACGACGUGACCACAAUCAGGGCGAGCACGCCCAUGUUCCUGAUGUCGCGCAAGAUCAAGUCGCUCGGGGUGAAGAUGGUCAUCUCCGGCGAGGGCUCCGACGAGCUCUUCGGAGGCUACCUCUACUUCCACAAGGCGCCCGACAAGGAGGAAUUCCACCGAGAAACCUGCAGGAAGAUUAAGGCUCUGCAUCAGUAUGACUGCCUGAGAGCCAACAAGGCGACGUCGGCUUGGGGCCUGGAGGCUCGCGUCCCGUUCUUGGACAAGGAGUUCAUCAACCAGGCUAUGAGCAUCGAUCCUGAGUGGAAGAUGGUCCGGCCUGAUCUUGGAAGAAUUGAGAAGUGGGUGCUGAGGAAGGCAUUUGACGAUGAGGAGCAGCCAUUCCUGCCCAAGCAUAUCCUGUACAGACAGAAGGAGCAGUUCAGUGACGGCGUUGGGUACAGCUGGAUCGAUGGCCUCAAGGCUCAUGCAGCAUCAAAUGUGACUGACAAGAUGCUGUCGAAUGCAAAGUUCAUCUUCCCACACAACACUCCGACCACAAAGGAGGCCUACUAUUACAGGAUGAUCUUCGAGAGGUUCUUCCCACAGAAGUCUGCUAUCCUGACGGUGCCCGGCGGGCCAAGCGUGGCGUGCAGCACGGCCAAGGCCAUUGAGUGGGACGCUCAGUGGUCAGCAAAUCUGGACCCCUCCGGGAGGGCGGCGCUGGGCGUCCAUGUCGCCGCCUAUGAACACGGUUGGCACCAAUAUCCCCAAGGCACAAACUUUCAGAUUUGA